CUCUCGCGUGAUUACACUAAAAUGUCGCGAGACCACAGGGGGAAGAUGGCGGCCAGCUGUUGUGGAGUGAAGAAACAGAAGUUGAACAAUUCACUUCCCUCCAUUUGUUGCAAUGGCUCCGCCGUCUACCCGAACUACCACAAAAAUGGAUACACAGUUGCUAGUCCAGAAAUGUGUUACUUCUGUUUUGAUGUACUUCAUAGUCAUUUGUACAGUUAUGAACAACCAAAAGCUCCCCUUUUCACCAACGAUUCAUACCCUUUGUUUGUGACGUGGAAGAUAGGGCGUGAGCGGCGCCUGCGAGGGUGUAUCGGCACCUUCUCCGCCACCAGCCUCCAUGGAGGUCUCAGGGAAUACGCUGUCACUAGUGCCAUGAAAGAUAGCCGAUUUCAGCCAAUCCAGAAGGAGGACUUCCCCAAACUCCAUUGUUCCGUGUCAAUACUCACCCACUUCGAGGAUGCUGCUGACUACCUUGACUGGGAGGUGGGCGUGCACGGCAUCAGAAUCGAGUUCAUCAAUGAAAAGGGGAACAAGAAAACUGCCACCUACCUACCGGAGGUGGCGGUAGAACAAGGCUGGGACCGAAUUCAAACAAUUGACUCUCUUCUUCACAAAGGCGGUUUCAAGGGUCCAGUGAAUGCAGAAAUUCGGAAAAGUAUACGACUGAUUCGAUACCGUAGUGAAAAAAUUACUGUUAGUUAUAGUGACUAUGUGGCACAAAAGCAGAACGGCCAUGCAUGAUGACACAGCAGUACAGUCUACAGUGGCGGCCAUUUUGUAUGUUCACCAUAAGGCAGGCUUACAAACUACAAUCUUGUCAUCUUGUUAUCGCUGAGCGGACGUUUUCUCAGUCGGAACAACUUAUUUGCAGAAUGUGAUAAUUGGCGAAAAUUAUACCCAUGUCUGUAUCGGUGGGAAUGUAGAGAAAUUAAUUUUGGUAAAUUAACAUUUGCAAUAUGUGCUCCAUUGUAUGUUAGUUGCAACAUAGGACUAGAAAAUAUAGUUUGGAUUAGAUUUGUUUUGGAAAUAUAUCAAAAGUAGCUGAUGUUUUUAACUUCAAGGGGCAUUAUCACAUUUACCUUUUUCAGGUUUAUGGCAUUCUUUUUCUUGAAAAAAAGGAGAGUUUUGAAUACAUAUUGUAAAUUUUUUCUAAAAGUAUCUGCAAAUGGUUUUGAAUCUCAUUUUUAUGUACUGUCUUUCUCUCUAAGUAACGAUUAGUGUAAUAUUUUUUGGUUUCUUAAAACGUGCUUAUAAACUGUUCGCACAAGAAGGUAAUUAAUUCUUCAGAUUUGAAUAACAAACUUUUGCGAACAUUAACUGAUGUGUCGUCUAAGGCAGUGGUAAAAUACCUUGUGGUCUUACUAUUAUUAAAAUAACAUAACUUAUUUCAUAAUGAUAGAAUUAGUAACUCUUAAAUCAAUUUUUGAAAAUUAAAAUAUAGCCAUGACUGGUGAUGUUGAAAUGGAAAAAUGUCUUUAAAUAAGAGAUCAGUCCUCAAAAUAACUGCAAUAUUUGUCAAAAGAUGUGGGUUUUUUUAUGAGUAAAGUUUUAUACCAAAAUAAUGUUAAUAGAUUUUGCCUUCAGUUUAUCAGAUCUAACAAAGUGGUUAUGAAAGGACAGAGAGGUAUGUUAAACACUGCCUAACAUGAUACGAAAAACAGUGCUAUGUUAGGGUCGUAGGAAUUAAUUACUGAAUUAUCAUCCAUAUUUACCUGAAAAAUGGGGGAGACAUUUUAUUUAUUAAAUUUGAAGAAACAUCAUGCUUUAUUAGUCGUUUCGAGAACACAAUGACUUAGAAUUGAGUUCAACCAAAAAAUAAUUAUGAUUAUUAAUAUUAAUAAAUAUUAUAAUAAGUCCAUUUAUGAUGCGGCAGAUUCCAUUCACCAAGUGAGUGUUCGUGGUGCUACAUUAUUAUUAUCCCUGGAUCAGUGUGCAUACAAAUUAAUUCUCAGCUCCCUGGGGAGUUUAGAAAUCUCAGCUCCCUGGGGAGUAUAGAAAUCUCAGCUCCCUGGGGAGUAUAGAAAUCUCAGCUCCCUGGGGAGUAUAGAAAUCUCAGCUCCCUGGGGAGUAUAGAAAUCUCAGCUCCCCGGGGAGUAUACAAAUCAAGUUGUUGAAGCAAAACACGUCUUUAAUGAGGGAUGAUAACCUGAGAAUUAAUUACACUGGCCUAACUCUCCCCUGCAUUUGCUCCCACCAUACUGUCUGCACAGGGACCAUUGUUGAUCAAACUAUGCAACACUAGGAGGUUAAGCCUGCCAAGUAGUAUCUCAUGUAAUCAUUGACACCAAAGAUACAUUAUCAAGAUAUUUAUUUUGUAAGAAUAACUGAACCCUUUGUUGUCAUAUUCAUAGGUGUAAAUGACCUCCUGAUACUGGUUAUAACUGUUGGGUAAAUGAGCAAAGUUCUUGCUGUAAACCACACAAUGCAGUGAAUGUUUGUUUCAAUGGCUGCCUGUUGUUGUCAUGGCAACCAUCACAGGAUGUUAUCUUGGCUGUGAUUGGUUAGAUGGGACUUCUUCAUAUCUGAUCAAAACCAAAACAUCACAAUGAUAUGAUAAUGUAUUAAACCAAGUAUAUACUGUUUACAAGUAGAUUGAAUGAGAUCACACUACAUACUGGUUUUAUUUGAAAAGGAACAUGCAAAGUUAAGAUUAUUUCAGUAGAUUUUAUGCAGAAUUUUUGUUUUCAAAGAUUCAAAGUAAUUUAAUUUUUAUUUUGUGUUUGGAAGGCUGUAAAGCUGUUAUAUUUCAAGAUAAAAAGUCAAAUAAUUUAUCUAAUUGGGAAAUAUAUUAUUGCAUAUGUUAGAACUAUCAAAUGAAAACAUUAAUAUUUAAUAUCCCAUUCUACCACAUCUGAGUCUGUGUGUUGUGACUCUCACAAAUAGAAUCUGAUUGGUUGUUAUCCAAGCUAGGGCGGAUGUGUUGGCCCCUCCCAUAGGCCCGCCCACAUGCUAAGCCACACCCAUUGCUGCCACUGUAGCUGUACUUUGACUCUAGAUCAAGCCGUCAUUGCAUUUCAACUCUCCAUCAACAUGUUUCCGAGUCAGGAAUAUUUUUUCUCAGUUUUACUAUUCAUACUUUUUUGACUGUUUUUCAUGUUCUAUGAUAUUGUUUUUUUGUAAAAAUAUCCAAUAAACUGGUAUGUAGGUGUGUGGUACGGCGUGAUUGUUUAUAUUCAUGUAGUGGACUUUGCCGGUAGUAUGUAGUAAAGUGAAUAUUUCAUACAUGUAUCUCAGGCCUCACAAAAAUGAACAUAUUUCAGACUACUUUUUAAAUGUAACAUAUUUAUAAAUACAUUUAAAUCAAAGUUGCUUUUAAUUAUGAUAAAAACUGACACUUAAGGGACAAACAAUGUCUGAAGAAUUCCUUUUUUAAAUUUUAUGAAAUACAAUUU